ACUGAUUCGAUGAAUGACGUUCAGAAUAUGUAUUCAAAAUCUCUUCUCGAAAGAAGUAUCUACCUAUUCUCGAAGACAUUUUCAAUAUAAUGGAAAUGGUAAAAAAUUCAAUAGACAAUCGUGUUAUAAUUUUUGUUGGUGUCGUAUCACUGGGGACGAUUUUAUAUGCCUGGUUAUCCGAAAAAACAAGCAAGAAGGUCAAGAUACCCACAGAAUGGAAAGCGGUAGGAAAGAUCGCAAAAAUGUGCAUUUAUCCGAUGAAGAGCGGAAGGAGAAUCGAAUUGCAGCAAGCAGAAUGCAGCAAACAGGGUCUAAUGGAGGCAGAAAAAUUCAACAAAUCCCUGAGAUUACGCGACAGGUCGUUUUUAGCAUUUCACCAUACACACUUCGAAUACCGAAACGCCAGACAUCACCCGAAGAUGGUGCUCAUCGAAGUGGAAUCACGUGACAUCGAUUGCGUGGCCUUCAAAGCGCCCGGGGUUCCUGAUUUGGUACUGAAGAUUCCCACGAGAAGCCGAAACAACGAACGCAUCAUUAAGCACUGGAGAGACGAAGAAGUUUCCACGAUAGACUGCGGUGAUAAUGCAGCCAAAUGGAUCUCCAAUUACGUGUUAGGAAAUGACGCAGGGUUGCGUUUGGGGUACCACGAUGGUACCUUCGAAAGGACUCAGAUCAACCACCUAUACAAGGAUAAAAUUGACUACUACAAGAGAGGGCUUAGAAACGAAUCAACUGGUCUGAACGCGGACUUGACCGCCGUCUUGAUCCUCACGCGACCCUCCUUGUCGGAGGUCAACCGAAGAAUAGGCUCCGAGCCUGUCAGCGAAGACAGCUUCCGGCCCAACCUGGUGCUCGACGGGGUGUCCAUGGCACCCUUCGCGGAGGACCAAUGGGAGUGGCUGAGGGUGGGCAACAUCGUCAUGAGGAACGUGGCGGAGUGCAUGCGGUGUUCCAUGACCACCGUCGACAUGGAGACGGGGGUGCGAAGGGGGGAUGGGGAACCCCUGAGGUCCAUGAGAAAUUAUCGAAUGAGUGCAGGACCCGAAAAAGCACCAGUUAUGGGAAUACUAGUGGAAAUUUACAGAACCGGUCUCAUAUCAGUGGACGACACUGUUUACAUUGGGAAAAGUUGAAAUACUAUCACGAUUUUAAAUUGAGUGGGCUCUACUAGAUGAUAAAAUGGAAGAAACCCUCAUAUGGAGAGAAAAACCUGACUAUUUUAAAUUUUCCUGCAAUUAUUUUGUAGAUUGUAUGUAUACAUAUACGAAAAUAAAUGUUAUAUUGAA